AUGUACACGUCAUCGAUCCUACUAAUCUUAGCCAUCGCCGCCACAUCGUUUCCGCCCAUACGAACUCUGAACGGACCCUUCGACCGAACUAACAGUUUCUUCGGCUUCCUCGAGCAGACCUCCAGCGAUAUGGAGGGAGCGUUCACGUCGAGCUACGGCAGGGCCGUCAAAAUUAAAGAUACCAUCAAUAGUUACUUGGAGGAACAGCAGAACAAGAUCAGCACCGAAGUCAACGGUUAUUUCGAAAAGAUGAAGGGACGCGGCAGACAACUCGCCGACACCCUGUCGUACGUUCCAACGGAGGACGCCGCCUCGGAGCUCGAAAACCCUGACGCUGAGUUAGCCGUCCCAGCUAGGAUAGUACGGCACGGAUAUAGGUGCGAGACGCACACGGUGGCAUCCAACGGCUACAUCCUGAGUUUGCAUAGAAUACCCCAUUCGAAGACUACAAAGGAAAUAUCAUAUAAGACCAUACUGCUCCAGCACGGACUAUUCGCCAGCUCGGCAGAUUGGAUUAUGAACGGACCCGGCAAGGCAUUGGCUUACGUAUUAGCAGACGCUGGAUACGAUGUGUGGAUGUCCAACGUACGUGGAUCUAAAUAUUCGAAGGAACACGCUAACUGGAGAACCAACAGCAAGGCGUAUUGGAACUUCUCUUGGCACGAUGUCGCACAGCACGAUAUUCCCGCAAUCCUCGACUACAUAACAGACUUGAAAGGGCGCGAUACCAAGAUCACGUAUAUAGGCCACUCUAUGGGAACGACUAUACUGUUUGCGAUGCUAGCCCUUCGGCCGGAGUAUAACCAGGUGCUGAGUGCAGGCUACGCGUUGGCCCCCGUGGUCUUCAUGUCCGGCAUUAGGUCGCCAAUUAAAUCGCUGGCGCCUUUGGCCAGUAACGUCGCCCACAUGGAGAUGCUGUACGGCUCCCACGAGUUCUUGCCGAAGGACUCGCUGCUCGGGAAACUGACCAGCUCCUGCCACGCGGACCGUAUCGAUGGCAAGGUGUGCAAGACCGCCAUAUUCCAGAUGUGCGGCGAGAACGAGGGGCAGUUAAACGAAACCGUACUGCCCGUGUUCCUGGCUGGCGUCGGCGCCGGCACCUCCUGGAAGACCAUCGUGCACUUCGCCCAGCUCAUAUUGGCGCGGGACAGAUUCCAGCAGUUCGACUACGGUGUUUGGAACAAUAUGAGAAUAUACGGUGACGCGACACCUCCGGAGUACGAUUUGGCCAAGGUAAAACUACCGAUAAAGCUGUUCUGGUCGCAGAACGACCUGCUUUCGAGCGAGGAGGACGUGCUAAGGCUCGAGCGGAUGCUGCCUUCGACAACGGAGACGUACAGAAUACCAGAUCCGAAAUUCAACCAUUUAGAUUAUCUGUGGGCCACUGACGCCCCAACUCUUCUUAAUAAUGAAAUUCUUAGUUCGUUGGACAAAACUUUUGAGAGAAUCGAC